AUGAAGAAACUUCAUCUGGGUUCUGGGAUUUUUACCCUUUUCUUUCUUUGCUUAUUCUCAAUUUGCGUCACCGUUCACUCUCAGUCCAGUUCAACCGAUGCAUCAGUAAUGCACGAUCUCAAGGACAACCUCAAUCCGCCGAGUUCACUCGGCUGGCUUGACUCGGACCCCUGUAAUUGGAAAUACAUUCAGUGCUCCAAAGACAAACGGGUCACUCGGAUCCAAAUUAAAGGUCAGGGGCUCAAAGGGUCCCUCCCUCCGAAUCUCAACAAACUCACCGCUUUGCAGGUUUUCGAGGUUCCAGGUAACGAGCUCACCGGGUCACUCCCAAGUUUUUCCGGGUUGAGUUCACUCCAAAAUCUCUUCCUCGAUGACAACAGUUUCUCAUCAAUUCCCUCUGAUUUCUUCGCUGGAAUGUCGUCGCUGCAAGCGCUGAACCUUGACAACAACCCCUUAUCGGCAUGGUCGAUACCGGACAGUCUCCAAAACGCUUCAGCCCUUCAAACUUUAUCGGCGAAUUCCGCUAACGUUUCCGGGAAAAUCCCAGAUUUCUUUGGCGGUGACACUUUCCCAGGCUUGCAGAGUUUACAUCUAUCUUUUAACAACCUGGAGGGCGAAUUGCCGGCGAGCUUUUCGGGCUCGCCCAUUCAGUCCUUGUGGUUGAACGGGCAGAUGAGUAGUUCUAAGCUCAAUGGCACGAUUGAUGUGUUACAGAACAUGACUGAAUUAAACGUGGUCUGGUUACAGUCAAAUUCAUUUUCCGGUCCCUUACCGGACUUUUCUGGGUUAAAAGGAUUGCAGACCUUGGGAUUGAGGGACAAUAGGUUGACGGGUCCGAUACCAGAGUCUUUAUUGGAUCUUCCAUCACUUCAGACGGUGAAUUUGACGAAUAAUUUGUUACAGGGACCUAAACCAAAAUUUAAGUCUUCUGUUGUCGUUGAUAUGAUUGAUGGGACUAAUAGUUUUUGCUUAUCCGAUGGUGGUGUUCCUUGUGAUCAACGGGUGAAUACGUUGCUUUCCAUUGCAAAAUCUGUCGGUUACCCGAAGUUUUUUGCAGAGAACUGGAAAGGGAAUGAUCCUUGCACAAAUUGGUUGGGGCUCACUUGUGCAAACGGGAACAUCACAGUUGUUAAUUUUCCGAAAAUGGCUCUUUCGGGUACCAUUUCUCCAAUUUUUUCUUCCAUUAAGUCAUUGCAAAGAUUGAUUCUUUCUAACAAUAAUCUCACGGGUACUAUUCCUAAUGAGCUUACCUCGUUGCCUAACCUUAAGUUAUUAGAUGUUUCAAACAAUGGGCUUCAUGGUAAAAUUCCAUUAUUUAUGAGUAAUGUGAUUGUAAAAACUGAUGGAAACCCCGAUAUCGGAAAGGAUAUUCCGUCACCCAGAAGUAAAAGUAAUAGAACAGAUACUUCUGGAAAUGGUGGAAAUGGUGGCAAGAAAUCUUCAACUGGAGUGGUUGUGGGUUCUGUAAUUGGUGUUGCUGCUUUGGUUUUCUUAAUCUGGAUGGGAGUUUUCUGUGUUAAGGGAAGUAAACAAAAGCGUUUUGAUAUAACAGAGAGUCAAGAUGCGAUAGUGUUUCAUCCUCACCAUUCAGGUUAUGACCAAGAUGCUGUUAAGCUCACCAUUGCUGAUUCGAGUGCUACUGACGGGUCCAGAAAUAUGGUAAUUCCCAUCCAAGAUUUGAAAAAAGCAACUAACAAUUUUAGUGAGAAGAAUAUAUUGGGUAGAGGAGGAUUUGGGACUGUUUACAAAGGUGUGUUGGAUGGGACUACGAUUGCUGUAAAGAGGAUGGAGUCCGGAGUGUUUGUGGGCGACAAGUGUUUGAGUGAGUUCAUGUCUGAGGUUAAUGUUCUUUCUGAGGUUCGACAUAGAAACUUGGUUGGGCUUCUUGGAUAUUGCUUGGCUGGAGAUGAGAGGCUUCUUGUUUAUGAAUACAUGCCUCAAGGGCCUCUCAGUAGGCACUUGUUUAACUGGAAGGAGGAAGGGUUGGCACCCCUUGAAUGGACAAAAAGGCUGGCUGUUGCCUUGGAUGUGGCUAGAGGUGUUGAAUACCUGCAUGGUUUAGCCCAACAAAGUUUUAUUCAUAGGGAUCUUAAACCGGCCAACAUUCUCCUUGGCAAUGAUAUGCGUGCUAAAGUUGCAGAUUUCGGACUUGUGCGUCUUGCUCCAGUAGGGGACGUUUCGAUUGUUACAAAACUUGCCGGAACUUUUGGCUAUAUGGCACCUGAAUAUACAAAAAUGGGACGAGUGACUACCAAGCUUGAUGUGUUCAGCUUUGGGGUGAUUCUUUUUGAGUUGAUUUCAGGAAGAAAAGCAGUUGAUGCAAAACAGGAGGAGGAUAGUGUCCAUGUUGUCACAUGGUUCCACAGAAUGUACAGAAACAAGGACAAAGAGACGGACGCAAUCGAGAAGGCGAUCGACCCAGCAAUUGAGAUUGACAAGGAAAUCAUUGACAGUAUCAAAACCGUUGCUGAGCUUGCUAGCCACUGCUGUGCCGAGGAUCCCAGUCAGAGGCCCAACAUGAAUCAUGUGGUCAAUGUGCUUUCAUCUCUAGCGGAGAUCUGGAAACCAGCAGAUUAUGAGGAUAGGUACGGAGUUGACCUCGAGGAGACCAUACCAGACUUACAGCAGGUACUCAAGAAGUGGCAGGAUCAGGGAUUCAGUGGCAUGGAUAGUUCUUUUUCAACAUACCGGGGCACCACUAAUAAUACCCAAACUAGCAGAGCUACUGGACGAGCUGGCAUGCCAGAUUCCGUAUCAUCAUCAAAUGCACGGUGAGAUUAGUAACCAUAUUAGGCGCUGGGGGAUCGCGUUCUUAUUAAUUGCUCUCAAGAGAUUUGGUUUGCUCAUUCUUUCUGCUUCUUCCAUGCUUUCCUCCUUUUUUGUUCUUGCAAGGAUUGUUCAUUUUUCCAUUCUUUUUCUAUAUAUAUAUAUAUAUAUAUAUAUAUAUAUAUAUAUAUAUGUAUAUGUAUUUUUUUUUCCUUAGUAGUUUGAACUGUAAUGUACUUCCCUGAUUCUUUUAGAAGUUUCUGGAAAGCACUCUGCAUAGCUGUUGGACCUAGCUUCUGUUAAA